AUGGUGAAACCUGAAUCCACACCUCCGACUUCCACGCCGGAAUCAGCCUCAGCACCGGUCCCUUUGGAAUCCCCGAUCCGCACCACCCCAAUCCACUCCAUUCUCGCCGAGAUAAAAGUUCCAGAAGGGUCACUGCCACCAUACCGCUACCAUCCGGUGACGUGUGAACCGAUCCAAUUCCAAGUUUAUCGAACCGAGCUUGAGCAACUGGAACAAGAAUACAAAUCCAGGGAGGCCGCGCUUCGUGCCCAGGAACAAACCGCCAAAGAGGUCAAAGAGAAGAUUGAGAACGCCCAGCGGAAACGAGAAGAUGUUCAAAGAGCUAUGGAUAAGAAGAUCAAGGAGCGCGACACCGAGAUGAAGGUUGUGUCCAAGUUCCAAGAGGCCAAGGCCUCGGAUAUUUCUUGA